AUGCUCGAUAUCGUCCGAGACGCGCCGGUGGGCCAGUUUCUCCGCUGGGUCACGAAGAAUAGGAUACUUCUGUACCCGGAGGAGAAGGAGGGCUUUGUGCCACCGAGAUUGUUUCCGCAGGACUCUGGUGCACCACUCGAGAGGGCUGCUCCAGACCUCGAACAGUCCGGGUCCGAGUCAGAGGAGCCCGAGAAGCCCGUGCUUGAGCCUGAGAAAGACGAUGUUCAGAAAAUGGAGCCGGCUGAAGGCUCAUCGACGCCACCACUCAUGACGCGGGACGACGAAGAACCUUUGUCCCUAACAAUCUCGCGCCAACGCAGCCUCCCGUGGACUCAGAACCGUCUGUCGCUCGAUCAGCAGCUUGGACUGGAAAAGACAAAGAGUAAACCAAUCUCCCUCACCAAGUCUGCCGAUGGAUUUAUUCUCGUCGACUGGUAUACCACCGCCGACCCAGACAACCCGCAAAAUUGGUCCCAGGGAAAGAAGAUGUUUGUGCUGGUGCAGGUAUGCCUCUACGCCUUCGCCAUGUAUGGUGGUUCCAGUAUCUACGUCGUCAGCGAAGGAGGGGUGAUGGCGAGAUUCGGCGUCAGUCAAGCAGCAUCAGCACUGGGCCUGUCCAUGUAUGUCGUCGGAUAUGGGCUUGGACCGCUCCUCUUCGCACCACUCUGCGAGAUCCCGGCUAUCGGCAGGAGUGGCGUUUACACGCCUACUUUCACGCUUUUCGUCAUCUUGUGUGUGCCGACAGCGGUGGUCGACAACUUUGGUGGUUUGCUGGUGCUUCGGUUCUUGCAGGGAUUUCUGUGCAGUCCUUGCCUGGCGAACGGAGCUGCGUCCAUUGGGGAUAUGUUCCCCCUCCAACUGCUCGCUCUUUAUCUAUCUUGUUGGACAGCAGCCUGCUUCUGGGGCCCAGCCCUUGGUCCCGUUCUGGCUGCCUAUUCCGUCGCUGCCGAAGGAUGGCGAUGGUCAUUAUGGGAGCUCCUCUGGCUCUGCGCACCAAUUUUCGCCGUCUACCUGAUCGCCUUCCCAGAGACAUCUGCACCAAACAUCCUGCGUCGACGAGCCCAACGUCUUCGAAAGCUCACGGGCAGGACAGAUCUGCGCUCGCAGAGCGAGAUUGACCAAGAACACAUGAAGUACUCGGCGGUUUUCUGGGACGCCAUCAUCAAGCCCAUGGAGAUCAUGAUCAAAGAUCCCGCCGUGGCGUACACCAAUAUAUACAGCGCCCUCGUGUACGGCGUUUACUACUCAUUCUUCGAGGCAUUUCCCCUCGUCUAUGUCGCCAUAUAUGGCUUCAACCUCGGCGAGCUAGGCCUGACCUUCAUCUCGAUCGGCGUGGCCACGGUGCUCGGACUCGUCAUCUACGUCCUCUACCUGGCACUGUACCUGGGUCCGGACAUCGCCAAGCGGGGUCUGCGAGCGCCAGAGCACCGUCUGGUACCUGCUCUGUUCUCUGUUUGCUCUUUGCCUGGGGGCCUUUUCCUGUUCGGCUGGACGUCACGCCACGGCGUACACUGGAUUGUGUCCCUCAUUGGCGUCGUCAUCGUCGUCAUCUGCAACUUCAUCACCUUCCAAUGCAUCUUCGUCUACCUCCCAAUGUCGUACCCUCAAUACACGGCCUCGUUGAUGGCGUCCAACGCGCUCUUCCGCUCGCUCUUCGCCGCCGGCUGCGUCGAGUUCUCCAGGCCGAUGUUCAAAAACCUAGGCGUCGGACCUGGCAGCAGUCUCCUUGCCGGCCUGGGCAUUGUCGGCGUGGUGGGCAUGUUUGCGUUGUGGAUGUUCGGCGCCAAAUUACGAGCAAAGAGCAGGUUCGCCGUCGUGGGUGGAAUCUGGGCGGAGAAUUCGGCCCUGACCACGAGCCAAACCCCGGAACCGCAAUCGCAACCGCCAUCGCAACCGCAACCGGAAGGGCAGGGGUCGGUAGGUGACGAACAAGGAAGGCUGAGCUGA